AAGAAGGUAAGAAUUAUGUAAAACCCAAGUAUAUCAAAAACAUGUUAAUGAAACCUUAUUUAAUAACUAUGGAUUUAGAAGCCAAAGAAAUUGAAGCAGAUGAAAAAGAUAAAGAAGAAAAUACUAUAAAAGAAGCGGAGCAGAUAGCAGUUUCAUAUGGAUAUACUAUUCAUUAUCUAGAAGUUAUUUUAGAUAAGCUUCGUGAAAUAGCUCCAUCUGGAUAUAAUAAAAUUCGUGUAUUCGAUCCUGAAACCAAAAAAUAUUUGGGUGCUUCGCAUAGAAAAUGUCACGGGAAAAAAUUAAUGAUUCAAG